AAAGAGGGCACCAGAAGAGGCUAGAAGAAGAAUUGGGUAACCUUUCCAAAAAAAUCAAAAAAAUUAUCUUGAACUACGCCGCCCUCAUCGAAAAUCGUCCUAAAGAACCUCACGGCAAAAAUAAGUGGAAAAAUAAAGGGAAUCAAGAAAAGCGAC